UCCGGGUUUCAGAAUAAAGCGCCCGUACAGAGGGAGAAAAAAAGUUUAGUGGUGGGUCCUUGGAGAAGUUUUCUGGUGUGUUUCUGGGCCCAGUCUCAGCCUCUGCCCGUCUGGAGCCUCCGGAUCCCCCGCACGUGAACCAGGCGUCCACCUACAGCAGGUAGAAACCAGCAGGAUGUCGACCACAUCUCAGAAACACCGGGAUUUUGUUGGUGAGCCGAUGGGAGAGAAACCUGUGACGGCGCUGUCAGGGAUUGGAGAAGUUCUCGGGGGGAAGCUGGAUGAGCAGGGCUUUGAUAAGGCCUACGUGGUUCUGGGUCAGUUCCUGCUGCUGAAGAAGGACACGGAGAUGUUCACCGAGUGGCUCAAAGACGCCUCAGGAGCCAAUUCCAGACAGGCUGGCUCCUGUGCUCAAUGUUUAAAGGAGUGGUGUGAUGCCUUCCUCUGAGACCCCCCCUCCUUACCUGGUAUUUGUCGCACCCAUUUCUUCCACUCUUGCUCGCUUUCUGCUUCUGGAUCUACAAUCAGAGCUGGCGACUGCUGCUGUUCAGGUGUUUUCAGGUCAAUCCUCCGCCUCUUUCCUGUGGGGCUGCCGUGAUGUCAAAACGCUACAGGUGUUGGGUUGUUUAACGGGCUCAUUUCAUUGGCUAAAGUUUACACCAUUAAAGCUUUAAGUCCAAA